CUCGAGUGAAAUGCGCAUGCGCGCUUUGGUGUGUCUCUCCGUCGGCUUGCCGUAGAAAAGCGAAAGUCUCCUGGAAAGAGAAUGUCAUAUUUGAAACUGGUGUCGCUGUGCGUCGCAGCUCCGGGUCUCACGGGCCUGCUGGGCGGCCCGGUGCUGGCCGCCUCCGAGGGGAAGAAGAAGAGCUCACAGCCCGCCCUGAGCAUCGAUGAGCUGCCGUCGUUGUACACCAGGCCUGAAGCGGAGCCUCGCCGUGUGGAGACGGAGGCCGGGCCGCUGGAGCAGAGCGUGGCGUCGCUCCGAAAAAUGGCGGAACCAUACACGGACCAAUGCCAGCAAACAGGCCAAGCUGUGAUGGAGAAAGUAGAGCGUUUAUACCAGACUGUGGAGCCCACGCUCACCACCACCGUCACAACAGUCACAGAUGUGUACCAGUUCCUCAGUGACCCCCCUCCGGACCUCUACCCCAGUGUUGCGGCGGUGGGCUUCUCCGGCUUCCUGGGGCUGUAUUUAGCCAAAGGCUCCAGGGUGAAGCAGCUGGUGUUUCCAGUUGGACUCAUGGCUCUGAGUGCCUCCAUGUUUUACCCUCAGCAGGCUGCGUCUUUACUCAAGGUGAGUCGGGACUCGGCAUACACCUUGGCUCAGCGGGGCCGCGUCACCAUGGAGACUCUUUGGAAAGAGCCUCCGUUUGGUAAAAAGAAGAAAGAGGAAACGGAGAGAAAAGACAAGACCAGCUGAGACGGCAGGAAGACACACACCUGUCCACCCUGAGAGACUUUCACCUUCCAGUAACACACACACACACCUGUCCACCAUGAGACUUUCACCUUCCAGUAACACACACACACAUCACCUGUCUCAUUCAUGCGGAUUCACUUCCAGUAACACACACACACACCUGUCCACCAUGAGAGACUUUCACCUUCCAGUAACACACACACACCUGUCCAUCCUGAGACUUUCACCUUCCAGUAACACACACACACACACCUGUCCAUCCUGAGAGACUUUCACCUUCCAGUAACACACACACACCUGUCCAUCCUGAGAGACUUUCACCUUCCAGUAACACACACACACACACCUGUCCAUCCUGAGACUUUCACCUUCCAGUAACACACACACACACCUGUCCACCAUGAGAUACUUUCACCUUCCAGUAACACACACACACACACACACCUGUACAUUCUUCUUCUUCUUCUUAUUCACUCACAACCAAACUCCCACAGCCCCGAACCAGUUAUUUAAGUUGUAUAUCUCAGGAACCUGGUGGAGUAAGCGUGUUUCUGAGACCCCUCCUUCCUCAUCUUGAUUCAUUCGUUAACACAACCUCUUCCAAGAAAGUAGUCCCUUUAGAUAACCGCAGUUAUUCCCCUUCUCUCUCUAGUUAUUCCCAGUUUCUCCGUCCGUGACGUCAGCUCUUCCAGUUUCAGUUGGCUUGCGGGAACCAGGUCACAAAGUUGAGUUGCUCUAACAUGAAGGACGACCUCCUUCCUUUUUCUUUUAUUUGUUAAAGCUGCACGACGUAGUUUCGCAGAGAGAAGCGGCUGCUUUAUUUGGGUUUUGUGGCAUUUUCAGGCCUUUAUUUACAGGAGAGCUGAGGACAUGAAAGGGGAGAGAGAGGGGGAAAUGAAUGAGCGGAAUCGAACCCAGUAAACCUUUUAUAUAGGCGCCUGGAUAGCUCAGUUGGUAGAUCAGGCGCCCGUACAGAGGUUUACUCUGUUAUUUAUUUUUACCUUUAAUUUUUGACAGGACAGUUAGGUGAGAAAGGGGAAGACAUGCAACCUCUAACCAAUGAAACAGCCCGGCCACAGAUGUGACACCGUUAAAACUCAGUUUUAUAUCAUUAUGUGUUAUAUUCAGUUUUAUAUCAUUAUGUGUUAUAUCACAGGCUGUUACAGAGAGAAGCGGCUGCUUUAUUUGGUUUUUGUGGCACUUUUAGGCCUUAAUUUGACAUGAAAGGGGAGACCUGGAUAGCUCAGGUGCCCAUAUAGAGGUUUACACUGUUAUUUUCCUUUAAGAUUAGGGGUUUUCCACCUUUAAUUUUUGACAGGACAGUUAGGGGAUGAAGGGGGGGGGUUAAGACAUGCAGGAAAUCGUCACAGUUUGGAUUUGAACCCUGGACCUCUGCAUCAACGCAUAAAUAAAUAAAUCUCGGUGCAUGUGCGCCCGCUCUACCACUGAACCAACCUGGCGACAUUAUUAAAACUCUGUUUUAUUUCAUUAUGUAUAUAGCACUUUGAAAAGUAGACAGGUUUGCACUGAAGUGCUUCACAAAGACAAUUACAUAUAUAAAUAUGUGUAUAAACAUGUAACAUGUGUGUGUAGAUGUUGUGGGAAUAAAACCAGAUUUAAAUAGAAACAAGUUGAAUCGCAAAUGAAAACCCAAAAAGAAAAGAAAAGAAAGAACAGGUUAAACACAAUUAAUAAA